UGAAACAACAUGCCCGCACCGAUUCAGAGCCCCGCCGUCUUUUUCCAACCUGCCGAGAGCGCGAGACAUACAAGAGCUAGCAAGAGCAUGGCCAUGGCGCCGUCCUCGAAGCCGGCCAAGACCACGACGCCGCACAUCCUGCUCCUCCCCUACCCGGCGCAGGGUCACGUGAACCCGUUCCUUCGGCUGGCCAAGGCGCUGCACGCGCGGGGGCUCCACGUCACCUUCGUCCAUACGGAGCACAACCACGGCCGCCUACUCCGUUCCCGCGGCCUCGGCGCCGUCACGGGCGCCGCCGACGGCUUCCGGUUCGAGACGAUCCCCGACGGGCUCCCCCGUUCCGAGCACGACGCCACGCAGGACAUCUGGGCGCUCUGCGAGGCCACGCGCCGGGCGUGUCCUGCCCACCUCAGGGAGCUCGUCGAGAGGCUCGGGAGGACGGAGGGGGUCCCGCCGGUGACCUGCGUCGUCGCCGACGGCGCCAUGGGGUUCGCGGUGCACGCGGCCAAGGACAUGGGGCUGCUGGCGUACCUCUUCUUCACCCCCAGCGCGUGCGGCUUCUUGUGCUACCUCAACUUCGAUCAGCUUGUCAAGCGAGGAUACGUGCCAUUCAGAGAUGAGAGCUACUUCACCAACGGGUACCUGGACACCCCCGUGGACUGGAUCACUGGCAUGAUCAGCAACCUCCGCCUACGUGACUUCCCGACGUUCAUACGCACCACCGACGCUGACGAUGUGAUGCUGACCAUCAACAUUAAGCAAUGCGAGCUCGACGCCCCCGCCGCUGACGGUAUCCUCCUCAACACCUACGACGACCUCGAGCGCGCCGCGCUGGACGCCAUCCGCGAGCGCCUGCCCAACACCUUCGUCCUCGGGCCCCUCGGCCCGGAGGUCUCGCCGCCGUCGUACCUCCCCUCCCUCACCUCGAGCUUGUGGAAGGAGGACGACCGCUGCGUCGCAUGGCUAGACGCGCAGGCGGCGGACUGCUCCGUGAUGUACGUCAACUUCGGGAGCAUCACGGUCGUGACGAGGGACCAGAUGGUGGAGUUCGCUCGGGGGCUGGCCGACGCCGGCAGCCCGUUCCUGUGGGUUGUCCGGCCUGACAUGGUGCGCGACGACGGCGAUGAUGAUGGCAAGAUGCCGGUGCCGGAUGGGUUCGCGGAGGAGGUCGCGGGACGAGGGCUGAUGGUUGGGUGGUGCGACCAGGAGGCGGUGCUGGGCCACCGCGCGACCGGGGGUUUCCUGAGCCACUGUGGUUGGAACUCGACGUUGGAGAGCCUGUGCGCUGGCGUGCCGAUGUUGUGUUGGCCCUUCUUCUCAGAGCAGGUGACCAACUGCCGGUACGCGUGCGAGGAGUGGGGUGUGGGCGUCCAGAUGCCGCGCGAGGCCGGGAGGGGAGAGGUUGAGGCUGCCGUUAGGGAGCUGAUGGGCGACGGGGAUAAGGCGGCGGCAAUGAGGAGGAAGGCAGCGGAGUGGAAGGAGAAGGCCGUGAGGGCGGUCGCGGCGGGUGGGUCCUCGCAACGGGACCUCAAAAGGUUCGUCGACGAAAUUGCGCGCGUCAAGGGAUAGAGGACUCGUGUCAUGCAUCCGGUGUGUUCUUGCUUCGUUGUGACCUUUGGUGAAUGGUUUAUGUGAAGAUAUUGUUUGAACUUGUCUUGUAAGCAGCAUAUAAACUUUUAGAUCCACAUUGAACUUGGGACAAUA